UGUUUAUCUGUAUUGUAUAUCUUACACGGUCGUAUAUUCUCAUACUUAUUGAAUAAGAAGAUAACUUAUCACACAAAUUUAUCCUAUCUUAAGUCAUGUAAAUGUAUAAUUUUAUUUCACAGAGAUAUCGCGCAAAGUUGAAGGACAAUUUUCUCGGACUUUAUGCGUCAUACUACAAAUAAUAAUUGGAGAUAAGUGCGAACUGAUGAGAGUAGAUAAAUGGUGACCGGAGAUAAAUGUGAACUUGCACGCACGCACGAAGUGAUGUAAUCUGUUAUUAAAAAAACGCGAAAACGCGAAAAACGUGAAAAACAUUCCUCUAGAACUGUAGUACGUUAAAGAGUCUACAACACAUUUGAAUAAAGAGAACUCUUAUUUUGUUGAAACGCACGUGCGUAUAUAAAACGGUAUGUGUACAUAUCUCGGCGCGAGGUAUACGAUCGAGCGUGUUAAUCAUUAACCUUCCAUUGCCCUCGUUCAGCAAAUUAACGUUAGUGCUUUCUUAUGAGUGCCGCGCCGCAUCUGUAUGUGUGUCACUGUGUGAUUUAGUUACGGUGUUGCCACAUAUUUUUCUCAAAUCAACACGGUCUUGUAACAAGAGGAUGAGACAUCGAUCGGUACAUACAUCAAUCUGUCACGGUAAAGCCCCUUGCACAAUAGGCGAUAGCGAUAGCGAUAGCGAUAGAAACUUAGGUUUAGCAACAGCGCGAGUCGCGUUGACUGUACGAAUUUGUUCUCGCCAUGAGCUCCGCACUCAGAAAGUCUAAAUAUUGUUCUAACGAAAUUUUAGAAAAUAACCAUACAAAUAUAGUCUAGAAAAUUGUAAGUGAAAAGUCAGAAAGUUUCAGGGUCAACUUCUAUGCAAUUAAAAAAAAAAAAAACGAUCUGAGUGUUCGCCUCAUACGAGAGCAAUGGAGGGUUAAUAAAUAGAAGUACAGGAACACCAUAAAAUAAUUCUAAGAAAUUUACUGAAUUACUAGGCAAGCUACAGAUUAUUUGCAAUAGACCGCCGCAAUUUUUUUUUCGUAGAACACAAACGAGAUAAGAUAAUCUCACACAUAUAUAUACGUGCCUUAAUCUUUCAACGUGAGUAAUUUUUCGUUUCGUCUUUCCAAGGUGUGACACUGAAGCUAAUAAUAAGUAGUUAAAAAAAAAACAAGUUUUCCUCUCUUGCCACUCUUGCCUUAUCAUCUUUCGGAGAACGGAUUUAUAUCAACAAUUAUUCACCAAACCACAUCCGCAUCGCUACAAGGAAUUUCUUCUGCGAUUGAAACCGGUUAUUUUAUACGAUCUUCACUAAUCAAGGCUGAAAUAUUAUUCGUACGAAACAUUAUAAAGUAACAGUAGACAUACGCAAAAUACAACAAAUAUAAACAUUUCGUUAAACGCCUAUAUGUAUAUAUAAUACAAGGUUUAAUAAGUUAUGCUAAGACAUUUGCAACAAUUAUGCGAAGCAUUACUUGGAAACUUCUUCUGACGAAUUUAUGGAUACGAUAUAACGUGUUGAAUGUGUGACGAAGGGCAAGACCAUAUUUAAUACGGCAAUAUCACUCAACACUAUAAUAAGAAAUGCAGAUGGCAUAUUUUCAGAUGAACAUUGCCAAAACAAUGAAGAAGAAAUCAUAUCUUUUCGUCGGUCUAAUUGUGACAACAAUCUUGACAACAUGCCUCUACUUCUCAGUCACUUACAGCGAUUUUCAAAUUCACGAUAUAUUUCUCAAGAUGAUUCGUGAAGAAAAUUAUUUUGCGGAUGUAACCGUUAAGGCGGAAACAUAUAAAGAAAAGGGCAUAAAAACUAUCCUUCUUUGGAACACGUUAUUCGGUGACAGAAAUUUUUACUUCGGGACAGGCGACAUUUUCCGCGAUUGUCCUUUCAAUAAGUGCAAAGUGUUUAACGAUCGGGACUAUUUGAAUGUAGAAGAUUACGACGCGAUUCUCUUUCACGGUAACGAGAUGGAUGCGUACGAAGUGCCACAGAAGAGGAAGACAACGCAAUUUUAUGUGUACGUUAAUUUGGAAAGUCCAGCCAAUCGUGAAGUAUAUCCAAAAUAUCGAAAGAGCUACUUCAACCUCACGAUGACAUACCGGCUCGACAGUGACAUACCCUGGACUUAUGAUAUCAUAGAAGAUGUAAAAAGCGGCAAAUUCGUCGCACCUUCAAGGAAUGCUGAUUGGAACGUUUUUCAAAAUAAUACAAUUUUCGCAGGUGCAGAGGACGCGGUGGACGAAAUGCCAUCUGCGAUAUUGGACACCGUCAGGGGUAAGAGCAAACCGGUAACUUGGUUUGUAAGCAAUUGCGAUGCCAAAAGUGGCCGGCAGAAGUAUGUGGAGGAACUGUCGAAGCACAUACGCGUCGACAUUUAUGGCAAGUGCGGCGAAUUUAGCUGCGAGAGAUAUCGGAACUGUUUUAGCGACGUAAUUGAGGCCGACUACUUUUUCUACCUGUCCUUCGAGAAUUCCUUCUGCGACGAUUACGUGACGGAAAAGCUGAUGAAUCCGCUCAGGUAUAAUGUCGUCCCGGUGGUUUACGGAGGCGCCAACUACAGUCAGUUCGCACCGCCAAAUUCCUACGUAAAUGCCUUGGACUUCGACAGUCCGAAGGAGCUCGCCGCGUAUUUGAAAUAUCUCACUCAGGAUCUGCAGCGAUAUCAAAGCUUCCUACAAUGGAAGAAAUAUUAUCGAGUUAAUGUCGGGACGAAGCAGGCCGUUUGUAACCUUUGCGAAGUGCUGCAUAAGCAGAAAAAGCCGAAAAUUUAUUCGGAUUUAACGGAUUGGUACGCCAAAGAUAAAUGUUCUAUUCAAGCGCUUCUAGAUAAUAACGUUGAUGGAUACGCAACGAAACGUACGCUAAUGAGUCGCGAUCAGAAACAGGAGCCGGAUUAUAAAACUGGGACACAGAAACAUUAAUAAUCUAUUCAAAUAAAAUGUAAAACGAAAAUACCCAGAGCUCGAUUAAACCUAAAUAAAAAUUGACGUAGUAAUCCUAGUAAUAUUUUAAAAAAUGUAUAUAAUGUAAAUAGUAAUCGCACAUUCGUUAUUUUUAGCUUCAACUUCUGCGUUAUUGAUCAAUCGUGAUAUAAAUACUUUCCGAAUCCAUCUUACUUCCAAAUUGAAUAUGACUUUACGAAGAUAUAUCAGUAUUAUUAAAUAUGAUUCAUCUUAGUUUUGGAAACUUUGAUUUGGAUACGUAAUUAAGCCUAUACGUGAUAAGAUAUUCCUCCGUCAUCUGUUAUCCAAUUAUGCAUAUUGAGCGUUUCUCAAGUCUAUAACGAGGUGAACGACGAUGCAGCUUCGACGUUUGACUUAUACAUCGAUGAUGGGUCAUUAGGCCGAGAAUAUGUAGUACAUCGAUAUAUUCACUACUCGCUUGAUUAGCGAAGAUCAAAGCGGCCAAGCUCCAUCGCUCUAACACUACUAUACUCGCAGAGUUUGAGGAAUAUAGAUAUGUGAUUUACUGAUCGCUUUAUAAAGAGAACCGGUUUUUCGGAAAUUGUAUAUUAUUAUCCAAAUUCCAGCGAUAAUUAAUAGACUGAACGAAUGUAAAGCACAUAUUUGUAUAUAUAAAAGACUGACAUUAGUCUUCUUAUCUCAUCAAGAAACUAUCUAUGAGGAAAAAAUGUUCUCGUGAUAUUUUCUUCAAUAUUUUUUAAAAUAUUACAUUUACAUGGUUAGUAAAUAUAAGCAUUUAUGAAACGAUCUUCGUCCGCCCGAAUAGUUAGUGAAGAAUUAAAUGUUAUAGCAAAUUAAAAUAAUAGUUUAUUUAUCAGUAUUAUUCAAUCUAAUCGUUCAAUUCCAUUCUGUUCUCAUUUUGUUUUAAAAAGAUAUAUCCAACUAGUCUAUAAAAUAGCGUAAAUAUAAUAAUAAAAGACCAUUGUGUUCAUACAUAUAUUGCACAUACAAAUAAAAUAAAUAUACGUUGACAUAAUCACAGUGGUAGUUAACACAUUUAACCAAUAAUAACUGUUAAUGCGUUAUCACAGUUUUGCAUGAGUGUGUGUAGGUAUAUACGAGAUUUAUGCUACACAUUUUUUGCGUUUAACGUAGUCUUGUUAUAUUUUCUCUCUUUUUAAAGCUUUUCUAUACUUUUAGCCAAAUUUUAAUUGUAUAUUUUAAAAAUUAGCAAAUUCAGACUACUAACUAAUAUAAACGCUUUAUAAUUAUUAAUUUUGGCAAACGUAAAGUUGCAAAAGUAAAUCUGCGAAUAAUACAAAUGUACAUGCAAAUGGAAAAUUACGCUAAUUGUAAGUAACGCCUAUGCAUACCUAUUAUUGCGUAAAUGUUAUAUAAUGUUUAUAACAAUAAUAUCAGAUUUUUCGUUCAAAUUAACAGAGAGAAAACCUUAAUUAGAUAAUUAUAUGUAUAUUUGAUAUAUUAUUUUCGUAAACUAACAUUUAUCAAACUUUUUACUGUUAAUGUUAUCUCAGUAUUCUUCAUUAAUUGCGUUUUAUUAUAAAUAAU